AUGGCCGGCUCGGAUCUUGUAGCUAGAGGUCUAGAUAUCUCGGCGCGCAGUAUCGACUUGUUGACUACACUUGUCAAACCCACCACAAAGGAACAGAGUGCCCUCAAUCUGGCCAUCGAGAUAGGCCGGUGGCUAGGACGCGAAAAACUGAGCGAGAACCGGCUUCAAAAUUGCCUCGAAAAGGCUCGGGGUCUGGUGCAGGCGAACCAGCAAGGCCACAAAUUCUACGAGGCCGUCAUCUCCGGUAUGCACACGCCCAAACGUGCUGCCGGCUAUCUGUUCACGCAAUCGUCCGGAUCCCUGGGCCGGCUGAUGGCGCAAGACCCCUAUCUACGCUGGAUGACGUCGACUAUCACAUGCCUUUUCGAAUUUCAUGAUGAGAAUUUCAUCUCCGACGUUCUCUGCGCCUUUAUCAUGCAAAGCCAUUUAGGAAAAAGGAUCAUAACUGUACACGAGUACAAAUGGGAUGCACUCUAUCUUCAGCUUAAGCCAGUCUUAGACAAGAUUGUCUCGAGCAUUUGGUUCAACAUCGUGAAUUCUGGCGUCAUCCAGCCUGACUGCGCAGGCCUGGCUAUUAUCGAGAGCAAGCAUCUCAUCUGCAACCUUAUUGUUUGGCUGAUUUUCCACUUCAAGGGCCACCUUCGUAUUGUCGUGAGUGGAAAAAUCAUCUACGACCAAGUCCUCGGCGCUGAGGACAGCGAGAUCGAACAUCGAGUUGAAAUUUUCUGCCCCAACAUUGGCACUUGCGAGUCACCGGAUAAGAUGACUUUCUCUAACGUCAACAUCUUCAUGGCUAAGGCCAGCGGGCUCGAGUCGCUAUAUGAAGGCCGCUAUGACACACCUUGGACAUUCAAACAAGCCCCGAGGGUCCGCCAGAGACUCUACCAGCCCGCCAAAUACCCACCAGGCACAGCAGGCAGGGAGAGCAUUCGCGUUAAUGUGCACAAUGCAGCAUUCCAGAUCGUCAAUUGGCUUCUCGGCCUAAGAGUUAUUCGCCAGUCGAGUGGUAGUACACUGCUCUUCCGUGUCGUCCUCGACCAGGAGCCAGCCGUCGAAAAGCUUGAGAUUCGGGAUCUUCUCGGCCGGGUCCCUUCUAUUCUUAACAUGGGCUGGCGGCAUAAUAAGGCGGCUACGGUAGUGUUUACCACAUCAUUCCCCGCUGGGGAGGAUGAAAUGCAGCACAAUAUGGCCUCUGACGAAGAAAUGUACCUGGAUGAAGACGAAUACAGCAACUCUCAGGACAGCCAGGGAUUCUACUUUGGCAGUUUCCCGGUGUUACGCGACUUGCUGGAGAGCGUUAAGAAAAGCUGUCGAUGUGGGGCCUGCCAAAGGUCCUCGCCAUCGGUUCCAAAGGUAGCGGCGCUGAAAUCUGGCUGCCUUCGGCAUACAGCCUUCAUGGAGACCAUGGCGUACAUCACCCAUAGCAUCGCAGACGCCUUUGGCGCGGAUGACUGCUCCUCUUGGACAGUCCUGGGUGAUUUCGGGGUCACUCGUAUUCUGAGGGACAUAUCCAUGGGUUUCAUGGAAUGGGGUGCUUGGUUUGACACUGCCUCGCGCGUCGUGCUUGGCUGUCCGGCAGCCAACGUGCUCGCCUUCAUCGAUAAGGGCUACGCCCAGAAGACCGGCAGGGAAUCAGAGGCGAUCCACCAGGCGGCGAUCGGCCGGACGGCCAUUGCGAUCCAGCACGGUAGCCUCGCCGUGGUGGCACCUUGGAUUGAUAUUAACCAGCCGCUCUCCGUCCGGAAAUGUUUCUCUUUCAAGAUUGUCGAGGGAAGGCUGGGCGUGCCCAGUACGGAUGGAUCUCAGUUCCAGGGUCUGCAGGGCGACUCGGCCAUCAUCAUGACGCGUUAUACGGACGACGUCUCCAGGUUUUCGGACAUAUUCCCGAUGACCCCGUUAGCGCCCGGCGCCGAAAUAGGUCUCGAGGCAGACAAAUCUGACGUGUGGAGAUCGACUGCAUAG